AUGGAUACUGAUGCAGAAUCAUGGUGGACAUAUGGAGCCAUGAUUGCAAAUAUGACGCUUCCCGUGAAAUUAUCCUACACAUUUCAGCAGUUAACCGAUGCACAUAUGGAACGAGUGAUACGCGAAACAUUUCAGAAAAAUGCCCGCAUUGAAUUAGACUUGACUGGCAACCGGAUUACUGAUGUUGGUGCUGCUUUUCUCGCUCAGGCCUUGCAACAGAAUCAGACAGUAAUUAAACUUGGUCUUGCAUGGAAUCAAAUCGGUGAUACAGGAGCCAAAUAUCUUGCUGAAGCUCUUCGAAAUAACACGACUUUGAAUAAACUUGAUCUGUGGGGAAAUGAAAUCACCGAGAAUGGAGUACAUUAUCUCUUCGACGCUCUCCGAUACAAUAAGAUACUUCUGGAGUUGGAAGUGGGUGCAGGUGUAAUUUCAUUGAAUCAAGAAAAACGACUGAAGCAACAGGAUGGUCGAAUCAAGUUUUCUUCUUUAUGUAAUUGA